GGGUCCUCCUUUUGAUCGUCUACUUCGCAACCCUUGGCCCUCCAUUAAAGCUCGUUCCACGAGCCACCCAGCCCUUCGUUUCCGCCCCUUCCGCCUUCCCGUCCGUCCAUGUAACUAAAGCUACGGAGGCGGACGGGCAGUGGUUGGCAACGAGCGUGCAAGUAACAGUCGUGCGGACAAAACGGGAAGCGGGGGCCUCGAUUGGCAAAGAGAAGUACGGAGAGAAUGACAAUACGCAGCAGGGCAAUGAUGAUAAUACCCAGCAGGGCGAUGAAGAUACGCAGCAGUGGGAUGAAGAUCCGCAGCAGAAGAAAUCGGUGCAGCUGGCGCAACUGGCUCCGGAGGCGCAAUGGGAGCAGGAGCUGUGGCCAAAACGGGAAGCCGGGGCGUUGAGUGGGAACGAGAAGUAUGGAGACAUUACGAAUCAGGAUCGAGAUGAUGAUACGCAGCAGGGCGACGAAUAUACGCAGCAGAAGAAAUCGGUGCAGCUGGCGAGGGAGGCGCAAUGGGUGACGGAGCAGGAGCUGUUGCAUGAGGAGGAAAUGCAGGCUCUUCGGAAGCAGGAGGAGCGCGCGCAGCAACAGGAGCAGGGUGCGCCGCAACAGGAGCAGCGCGCGCAGCAACAGGAGCAGGGUGCGCCGCAACAGGAGCAGCGCGCGCAGCAACAGGAGCAGGGUGCGCCGCAACAGGAGCAGCGCGCGCAGCAACAGGAGCAGGGUGCGCCGCAACAGGAGCAGCGUGCGCAGCACCAGGAGCAGCUCACGCAGCAAAAGGAGCAGCGCGAGCAACAAAAGGAGCAGGAAGCGCAGCGAAAAGUGCAGCGUGCGCAGCAACAGGAGCAGCUCACGCAACAAAAGGAGCAGCGCGCUCAGCAAAAGAAGCAGGGAACGCAGCAGCAGCGCACGCAGCAAACCCAGCAGCAGGAACAACUAGGCCCUCAGAAACAGGAGCAGCAGCAGGGGCAAAAGAAACAGGAUAGCACGGAACAAAUCAAACCAAAGCGGAAACAUCGGAAGAACGUCGAUGUGCCCCCCAGCAGCAGCAGCACUCGCUUAGACACUUCCCAUGCCGCCUCUCAAGGCGCUGUUGGCGGGGACAAACGGAAGCGCGCGGCCAGGGGGGGAAGGGACGCGGGUGGGAAAAGGGGCGGCGGAAGUGCUGGCAGGGGCGAGAAGCCCUCGGCUGUGACGGGCGAGUCUGCUAGUAACACCACCGCGACGGCCACCACCCCCGCUGCUCUUGAGACGUCUCAAAAGUCGGAUGCGGAAAGGGGCGGCGGUAGAGUUGGCAGGGGCGAGAAACCCACAGCUGCUACGGGCUCUGCUAGUAACACCGCUGCGACGGCAACCCCCAACCCCGCCAGAGGGGGAAAGGACGCGGGUGGGGAAAGGGGCGGAGGUAGAGCGGGCAGGGGCGAGAAGCCCAGGGCCACGACGGGCUCUGCUAGUAACACCACCGCGACGGCCACCCCCGCCGCUUCUCUCGACAUCCCUGCCACGGCCGCCGCGAAAGCAUCUGGUGCGGCGGAUUUACCUGUUGAAAUGGGGGCCUCCGCGAGCGUAUCUGUGGGGGCUGCGUGCCAGGGGCGGGCGAUUUACGUGUACCCGCUAUCGGCGCGCUUCAACCAGUGGAUGGUGGACGAUUGCUUGGAGAGCCACUCGGCGGACUUCCUGUUUAUCCCAGCGUACCUGGGCUGGUCGAUCUGGUCGCUCGUGGAACACGGGCUCUUCGUAGAUCGGGACCAGCCGGGAAUCGAACUCGAGCGCUAUCUUUUGGAAGAAAACCCAGAUUUCAAGAGGCUAGUGGAUCAAGGGAAUCAUGUGCUGGUGCUCGGCCGGCCAAUUUGGGACUUCAGGAGGGUGAAAGAGUGGGGCUCGGAUCUUUGGUGGCGACCGACCUUCAAUAAUGUCACACUGCUUACUGUAGAGGCCACACGGGAGUGGUACGGCAGAGAAGUGUUUUCCAUUCCUUACCCGACAUCGUUUCAUCCUGUCGGCUCGGCAGAGCUGCAGGGUUGGAUGAAUCACGCUCGUGACCACGCCCGGCCGUAUUUGUACGCGUUUGUAGGCGGCAGGCGGGCUAAGGAGACCAUAGAGGGUGCGCUGAGAGGAGCUCUACUGCAGGAAUGCGAGAACGAACCAGAGAAAUGCUUACUUUUGGAAUGUUACAGUGCUGAUGCGGAGGCGGUAACUGAAGCAGCAGCCGAGAUAGGCCGGGAGGCGGCCAGUCGAAAAGCCAAGACAGCAGCAGCAGGAGGAAAAGGAGAGGGAAUAGCUGAGAAUAUCGAGGAGGAAGAGCCUAAGGUGGAUCUUCCUGGAUGCACCGAUCCCAGGAGAGUUGCUGGUGCAAUGCUGCAGUCUGAGUUUUGUCUACAGCCAGUGGGAGACAGCCAAACCCGCCGGUCCUUCUUUGACUCGAUCAUAGCAGGCUGCAUACCGGUGGUGUUUUCCACGGAUACUUUUGACAGCCAGUAUCCGUGGUUCUUUGACCCGAAGCCGGAGGCACGGCGCAAGAUUGCAGUCAUGGUGGACCCUGAAGAGGUGAUUUCAGGCCGAGUGAAGAUUGGGGAGGUGUUGGGGAAGAUAUCUGUGGAAAGGAAAGAGGAGAUGAGAAAAGAGAUGCGGCUUCAUGUUCCAAGACUGUUGCUGAGAGAUCAUGCAAGAGAGGGAGAGGUGGGAGAGGAGGGACUUUUCGAAGAUAUGGAACUGCACAGAGCAACGGAGGUGUCGGAUUCAGCCGUUUCUGUUGACGACGUGGGAGCAAAAAUGAGCGGCCUGGACCCUGAGGAGCCAUGGCAACAGAAUCAGCAGGAACAGCAGAGCCAGCAGUAUGAGCAGGAGGAGCAGGAUGAAAAGAAUCGGCAGGAUCAACUGAAUCAGCAGGAUGAGAAGGAUCAACAGAAUGAGCAGGGUCAAACGGCAACACCACGCUUGGAGACUCAAGCGGAACGGCAGAAGCGCUCGGCAGACUUCCUGUUCAUCCCGGCGUACCUGGGCUGGUCGAUCUGGUCGCUCGUGGAACAUGGGCUCUUCGAGAAGCGAGACGACCCGGUUAUUGAGCUGGAGAGGUAUUUACUCGAGGAGAACGCGGAUUUCAAAAGGAUGGUGAAUCGUGGCGACCACGUGCUCGUUCUCGGCCGUCCGAUCUGGGAUUUUAAGCGCGAUCAGGAUAAGCCUGAGGGAUGGGGGACUGAUCUGUGGUGGCGACCGACCUUCAAGAACGUCACACUCCUUACAGUGGAGGCUCCUCCCGAGUGGUACGAACGGGAGGUGUUUUCUGUUCCCUACCCGACCUGCUUCCAUCCGGUAGGCUCGGCAGAGCUCCAGGGAUGGGUUCGGCAUGUUCAGGAGCAGCCUCGGCCAUACCUGUACUCGUUUGUAGGCGGGAAGCGAGCGCAUGCGACGUGGGAGGGCUCGCUAAGAGGGAUCUUGCUGAACGACUGUGAGAACGACCCUAAGAGAUGCAUCUUUUUAGAGUGUACUGUUGCUGACGCGGAGGCGGCAACUGCAGCAGCGGCGGAUAUAGGCAGGCAGGCGCAGAAACGGAAGGAGGAGAGGGACAGCAUGGAGGGGAAGGGAGAGGAAGAUGAGAUUGAGCCAGACUUUCCGCUGAGGGGAUGUAUGGAUCCUAGGAGAGUGACAGGUGUCAUGCUUCAGUCCGAAUUCUGCCUUCAACCAAUCGGGGACAGCCUCACUAGAAGGUCAUUCUUUGACUCGAUAAUAGCAGGGUGCAUUCCUGUAGUGUUUGCUCCAGGCACGUUUGAUUAUCAGUACCCCUGGUUCUUCGCUAUUGGAGAUGAGGCUCGGAGGAACGUGUCGGUGAUGGUGGAUUCAGACGAUGUGAUUGGUCGGAAGGUUAGGAUCGGGGAGGUGCUUGGGGGGAUUUCGGAGGAGAGGAAGAGGGAGAUGAGGGAGGAGCUUUAUAAGCAUAUUCCGAGGCUGCUUCUAAGGGAUCAUACGAAAGAGGGGGAGGUGGGAGAGGAGGGUGUGUUCGUAGAUAUGGUGGAUAGGACCAUCGAAGGAUUGAUUGAGAGGAAGAAGAUGAGGAGAGCUGGCGUCGCCGGGAGCUAUUUCCCUUUGUAG